AUGACCGCCUCCGGCCUGCUUGAUCGCCUCAACCGAGACGGCUUCGUCGUCAUCCCUUCAAUCCUCACCGAAACCCAACUCAAAGACCUCCGGAGCGCGACCCAAAACGCCACAGAGCUCGCCCGCGCCGGAAAAUGGCCGAACGUGCGGACGCUGCCCAAGCAGUUCCCGCCGUGGCCGGUCGCCACCCCGGAAGCCCCUCCGGACGGCAUCUGGGGCGUCCAGGGGAUGAUGCACCCCGACAUGCCCAAUAACGCCGCAUUCAUCAAGACGUACUUUUCGGAUGCCGUGAUUGAGCCGACGAAACAGCUGCUGCAGUGCACCGAUGACGAUCUGGUCAUGGAGCUGUUCAAUUUGCUCAUACGGCCUGAUGAGGACUUUGAGCUGCGGUGGCAUAGAGAUGAUAUCCCCGCUACUGCUACCGCCGAAGAGGAGCUCGAUCGGCUCAAUAAGCCGGCUUAUUCGGCGCAGUGGAACCUGGCUCUCUACGAUGACAACAGUCUCAUCGUCGUCCCAGGCUCGCAUACCAGAGCCAGGACAGACAUUGAGCGCAACGCUGAUCCUUAUGAGAAGGAGAUCCCUGAGCAACUAUACGUGGAACUCAAGGCAGGCGACAUUGUCUUUUACAACAACAAUAUCCUUCACCGCGGCGCAUACGUCGCGAAUAAAGAACGCAUGACACUGCAUGGGAGUGUGGGACAUGUCAACGGGAGCACCCUCCGAGCCCGCAAUGUAUUGCAACAUGGGCUCAAGGGCUGGGUGGAUAAGGUUGAUUUGGGCGUGUUGGAUGAGAAAGAGAGGACGAGGGCUGAGAACAUGCGGAGAAUGCUGGUUAAGCUGGGCCAGGAAGCGGGGGAAGUGGGAUAUUCACUCGAGGGGUAUUUCCGUCUUCCAUCUCGAAAGCUCUGGGGAAGGAGUGUCAGUGGUCUGUGCACAGUCGGAUGCCUAAGUAACAAGGUGUCAGUGGAACCCGUGAGCUUUUCCCGUCCUGCGGCCAAAUCCGGGUUUGCCAACCAUCAACCGACGCUGUCGGCAACAUCUGCAUCAGCCUCAACCACCUCCAAAACCACCCCUCCUCCUCCUCGAACCCGUCCAGAUCAAACUUCCCAAGAUCUGCACCCGGCGACAAUGCUGCCCUCAUCGGUGCGGCGCGUGGUCGCUUCGGCGCCGCAGUCCCCUCUCGUCGCCUCCCUCACCACCUCCGCUCCGAGAGCGGCUACGGCCACCAUCACCCUUCAGCAGAGACCCGUCGGUGGCCACCAGAGACGAUGGUCCUCCUCGAGCCCCUCGAACCCGAAUAACAACGGAUCCAAGGACAUUCCUGCCCAGGGCCAGUCCGUCCAUGCCUCGACAUCAUCGAGCUCCAGCAGCAGCGGCAAGGCCAACGGCGAGAAGCGGAAACGAAAGAGCAAGGACAGCGCCGAUAGGGAGGCUGCGCAGAAGCUGCCCAGCGUGCCCAGCACACAACAUCUUUCCCAAGAAGCUCUCGGCUUGUCAACCUUUUUCUCGCUGCACCGGCCGAUAUCUGUGACCCACAGCAUGCCCAAGUCAGUGACGGAAGAAGCCUUCGCCGCCAUCUUCAAGCCCCGGAGCAGGGCGAACAAGGUCACCGACGUCAUCUCAACACUAUCGCGGACGACCGACGACCUCGAGGGCGCCAUGGCCAAGAUGACCAUCGGCCACCAGGAGACGGAUGCGUCAGGCGAGCCCGUCCAAAAGAUCGACUUCAAGAACCCCGACGGCACCGAGUCGAGCGUCUACGUCCAGCUCAACAGCAUGGCCGGCCAGUUCGUCCCCUUCCGCCCUCCCCCGGCCCCCGAGGCCAUGGGCGAAACCGCCGACGCCGCGACAUCCCACGCCGCCGCCGCCGAGUCCGCCGUCGAGGACCUCCUCGACGAGACCCCCCACCACCGCGUCUACAAGGCCAUGUUCACCAUCGAGGAGACGACCGACGCCGACGGCCAGGUCCAGGUCCUCGCCCACAGCCCCAAGAUCAUGCAGGACGGCGGCGACGCGCCCCGCUCGUUCCUCGAGCGUAUGGCCCUGCGCCAGAUGAAGUUUGACGAGGCGCAAGGCCACGAUACCAUGCACGCCCUCAGCGUCAAGCGCCAACGCAAGCUCAAGAUGAAGAAGAAGAAGUACAAGAAGCUGAUGAAGCGCACGCGCAACCUGCGCCGCAAGCUGGACAGAAUCUAA